CGGCCCACUCAUUUCGCUUUGGACAACACAGUUGUUAGCGGGCCGACCGCAAUGGCAACGCCGCCGCCGCCAGCAUUCGUGUACCGGAUCAGCACGGGGAGCGAGUGGGCGGAGCUCCAGCGCACCGGCUGCACCCUCGGCGGCGACCUCGACCGCUCCACCAGCUGCUUCCACCUCAGCGACCACGCCCAGGUGAAGAUGACGCUAAAGAAUUAUUUCCACAGGCAAAAUGAUCUAUACCUGCUACAAAUUGACACUGCCAAGAUUGCAGAUGGCUUAAUUUAUGAGGCAGCUGAUGGUUGUAACUACUUUCCUGAUCGGAGCUUUGCACCCCUUCAACUGAGUGCUGUUAUCAAGGCUGAGAAAAUAGAGCUGGCAAACAAUGCUUUUACUUGCAGUCUACUUGAUGGAGCGGCCAUCUAAUUCUGAUGUGUAACUGUAAGGUCUCACCGUUGGCCCUUGUUUUCAUAUAUGUAAAUUCCCUGCCAAAAUCAAAGACAAGCUGUCCACAUGCUUAUGGUAAGGCUCUUGAUCGUUCUCCAGUA